GGACCUCGAACCAGAAAUCAAACUCAGGUCGCCGUGAGCACCUCGGUGCUAUCUAUCAACGCACUAUCCACUAGGCUAUUGGCGCCGACAGUGUUGCAUUAUUGAAUGAAGCGUUGUGCACUAUACAGCUACUCCUCUGUGGCUCUGAAUUAAAUUCUGAUGUCAUUUCCAUUUUCAAAAUAUCAUUUUUAUAUAAUAAUUUUUGUUUUGGGGUGGCACAGUGGUUAGUCACCUCAGAGCAAGAUGGUCGCUGGUUCGAGUCCCAGCUGGACCAGUUGGCAUUUCUGUGUGGAGUUUGCAUGUUCUCUCUGUGUUGGCGUGGGUAUUCUCCUGGUGCUCUGGUUUCCCCCACAGUCCAAAACAUGCGCUAUAGGUGAACUGGAUGAAGAAAAUUGACCGUAGUGUAAGAGUGUGUGUGAAUGUGAGAGUGUAUGAGUGUUUCCCAGUACUGGGUUGCGGCUGGAAGGGCAUCUGCUGCGUAAAACAUAUGCUGGAAUAGUUGUCAGUUCAAUCCGCUGUGGUGACCCCUGAUAAAUCAGAGACAAAAUCAAAGGAAAAUGAAUGAAUUAAUGCAAGAAGCAAGAAGGUCGCUGGUUCGAGCCUCGGCUGGGUCAGUUGGCAUUUCUGUGUGUAGUUUGCAUGUUCUCCCCGUGUUCGCGUGGGUUUUCCUCCAGGUGCCCCGGUUUCCCUUGUGCCCCCACAAGUCCAAAGACAUUUGCUAUAGGUGAAUUGGGUAGGCUAAUUUGUCUGUAGUGUAUGUGUAUGAAUGAGUGUGUAUGGAUGUUUCCCAGUGAUAGGUUGCAGCUGGAAGGGCAUCCACUGUGUAAACAUAUGCUGGAAUAGUUGGCGGUUCAUUCCACUGUGGCGACCCCAGAUUAAUAAAGGGACUAAGCCGAAAAGAAAAUGAAUGAAUGAAUGUUCUUAUAAUUGCUCUUUGUAGUCUGACAUUUUGAACAUGACUUAAUAAAAUAAAUUAUUUUUUUAAGAUGGCAUAAGCAUGAUUUUAAGAUCACACGUAGAUUUUAAUCAUAAACAAGCUUAGAAAUGCAUUCAUUUGCAUGAACUCAUUUCACAAUACUUAAGUGUAUUUUUGUUUUUUAGGGUUCAUGGUAAAAAGUCCCUCUGGUCCUCUGGUUGUACCACUGGGAUCUUCAGUCAUUUUGCCUUGUUACUGUAAUAAAGACUUAUCAGAUCUGAAGGUGGAAUGGAGAAGAGCAGACUCAGAGACUCUGGUUCAUCUGUAUCAAGAUGGUGAGAGUCAACCAGAGGAACUGGAUGAAGAUGAGCAAAACAGAGCUUAUUUCUUUACUGAGCAGAUUAAACAUGGAAACUUCUCCCUCCGUCUGAGCAAUCUGACAGCUGAAGAUAAGGGAGAAUACACAUGUACAGUUUACAGUGAGCAAAAUACUGUAUUUUCAGCUAAAACAAACCUGGAAGUUGGAAUGCUUGAUGCAUAUUUCCAUCUUCAGAUGUUUUUGGUCAUCUGUCCAAAUAUGAUCAUGUCCUGUGCUUUUGCCUUGUGGGGUAUUUCUGACGGAUCUCUGAAUGAGUCGGUCUCUUGCUGUGCUCUUUAUUUUCUGAGGCCUCUUUUGUUGCUCUGGGCGGCUCCAUAUAUCAGUAACUUCACAGGCAACAUUAAAACAUUGAUUCUGAAACACAGUUAUGUUGCUGAAUAUGUUUCUCUCUCAAUUGUUAUUUAUACAGCUCUUUUUACAACAGCUUUUGAAAAGCUUGUGAAUUAUGCAGAGUUUGAGAAACACAUGAUAAUAGUCCUGUUUGCAGUUGUUUUUCUGUGCUGCCUUAGCAAAAUUGUUUACCUUUUAGCUAAACAGAUUGGAAAGAAAAGUGGACGGAUAAUUAACACGCUUGACAUUGUGGCCGAUAUGAUCUUUGAAAUUCUGCCUACCUUACAAUUCAUCCUCCUCUUCUUCACAUUUGGAUCUGUCAGUGGAGCAUUCAUCAUUGUUGUCAUUUUACCACUAUUAAUGAUGAUGACGAACGACACAUGGUUUUUCAGAUGCUAUGAUAGACUCAACUGUUCUGAAUCAAUUAUGAGAACUGUGAUGUUAAUCUUCAUAUUAGUGAUUAAUGCAGCAAUGAUCGGCCUUUACAUAUUGACACUGGAACAUAAAACAGAUGCCAUUGGAUGGGCCUGUGUAAUGCUAUUUCUCCAAAUCCUCUGGGCCAUUAUGAAGUUUACUGUAUAUUUUCUUGAUUUUGACAAUGUUUUCCAUCGUGCUGUUGCUGUCUAUGUGUUUGGAUCAGUUGGUAUUGUUUUACUGAACUCUGUUACUCUGAUGACUGAAGUCAUACUGAAAACAGUGAAUGGUGAUCGUAUGCUGGAAGAUCUACGAUUCAUUGUCUUCCCUUCUGAAUGUGUCUUUGCCAUAUCUCUGCUGAUUUCUGGAUUAUUUCCGUCUAGUGUUGUGAAGUGUCUGCAGUUUUUUCAGAAAAGGGUGAACUCUAAAGAAACUCAAAAGCUAAACACAACAGGAUCACAACUGACUAAGCUGAAUGCUGAAUAUCAGGAGGAAAAUCUGCUUGAUUCAGGGAAAACACAAAAAGAUCAAUGAUGGGAGAAUGGGAUUUUUCCAGAUUUUUUUUUUCUGCACGCUGCACAAGAUCUCAAAGCACACUUUUCUGCAAAACUGCUUUAAUACAGUUUGAAUUGUAAAAAUAAAAUAAAAUGAAAAUGUUCAUGUGAUCAUUUAAAAUAAUGAAGCUUUGUAAGAUUACAUUAUUUGUUGGUAAUAUACAGUAACUGUUUUCCUGUAGUGGAAUUGCCAGGGUUGAAGAGAUUGCUUUUUAUAUAACAGGUUUAUUUGUUCGUUUAAAAUAGAGAUCCAACUUUGUUACCGACUGAGCG